AUGAAUUUCAUAGCCCCCUUAACGAACGUGUUCCGCUACACCGCGCCCCGCAUAGCUAUUCCCCGAGGCGUGGGAAAGCUGAGUACAAAGGGACCAGGGUGCGCUGGCUCGUUUUCCACCAGCUCCCGAGCCUGGUCCGAGAAGGUUGCAACUGAGGGUGAGACAGAGAGGCUUGCCGAUGAGGUUGAGGGCGAGAAUUUGAUUUGUUGGCAGGAUGGUGAAGACGUGGAGGAUUUCUUGACCAGGUGUGCGCCGUCGAGAAUGAACGGCAAGUCGCGGAUAGCUAUCAAAAAUCCUUGGGACAUUGAGCGCUCUGAAGGGAAUGUCGAGUCUGCUCUCAAGAUGCUUGAAACGCCGCUCCUGGAGGCUAUCAGUGACUGGAAUACCAUUGUGGCUGAUGACACCCUUAACAAGUCGGCCAAAUCUCUCAAAAAAAUCGAACAUCGUGAAAAUUUGAAGGAUUUGAUACUCACGACAGCAGCUCAAAACGAGGUUGUCAGUGGGAAGUGGAUCAUACAUGCAGGGUCAAAUACAGUCGAUUUUCAAUGGUCUAGAAUUGCUACCGGGACUUACGACGGGUUGUUGGGCACCAAAGCAGAGGUUUUGGGAAACAAUGGAAUGGGGAUCCAAGUUAUAUUUGUUUUCACCCCAGACUUUAGGGAUCUGAAAGAUGUAAAAAGAGUUCUUGAUGGGGUUCAGAAAGCUCUCCAAUGGAAGCCUAGGUCUAUUGCCUAUAAGCCAUUGAUAUACUCUCUUCUAAAAAUAACUACUGAGAACCCCUACCAUCUAAGGCCGGCGAUAUUCACUUCAAGGGAACUUGAGGAAACAGAGACCGAGGAAUAGAGGCAUAAAAUAGUGGCGGUAGUAGAGAUUCGCUGGGUGAAUUGAUCAAUAAUCGGGGUGCUUAUGUGUACUUUUAACGUUACUCUGAGUUCAGCGGGAUAUCAGAUAGCUUGAAGGCCUCGUCAGCUCUUAAGUUUGAUAUGUACUGAAUUUGUGUUGAGCUCUCAUUCAAGAGACAUGUUCUCAGCCAUCUCA